CUGUUGGCUUGGAAACCGUCGCAGCGUCGUUGUUGAAGUCGGAGGACAGCUAGCAAUCACUGCAGAGGAAAAACACCCGGGUAUCCUCCACGAGCCACAUCAGGCUUUCAAUGAAACUUGUGUGGAGUUUAUUUAAUGUUUGGAUCAGACCAUCGGCGAAAUAAACUGAGGGGCAAUGUAUCAAACGUGAGAGGAAGCCUUCAUGUCUGGGUUACUCUCGUUUUACAACCAGCAUGAGAGAGAAUACAGAGCCUGACAAUGCAAGCAGUUGAGAGUGGUGAGCGGGCAAAGACCCGGGAACAAUUCAAUGAAGUGCUGAAAAAAUACACUGAAACAGACAAGAAAAAGGUGAAGAAGAAGAAGAAAGCUGAAACUCAGGAGACUGUUGUGCUUCAAAAUCUGAAAAAGAAUCUGAACCUUGAGAAGGACACGGAAGAUGAUGAGACUAUCCUCCAAAACACAUUUGACCCUGAGCAGGGCAGCCCUCGCUACACCAAGAAUAAGAGAAGAGAGAAAGAAACAGCAGAUAAAGUUAAUAUCAACAACAGUAGAAACCAAGAGGACACUCAAACUCCAAAGGGAAAGAGUAAGAGGGAGCUCCCCUCCCUCCCUGUUUCUGAGGACGCCACAAGUUUCAUUGAGAAGGACGUGGACGCUUCCAAGUCUGAGAUCACCUUGGAGCCGGAUGCUGAAGGGGUCGAGAAGGAAACAAGAAGAAAAAGUAAGAAGGGGAAGAGCAAAGGAGCUGCAGAGGCCAAAGCAGAGAGUCAGGUGGAGGACGCAGAGGACAAGCUGCUGCAUGAAUACCAGCAGCAGAUUGCACAGGAGGAAGACAGAACUUUAAAGAAGACAAGGGUCAAGAAUGAGGAAGACAGUGCAGUCUCCCAAAGUGUUACACUGAAUAAUGAUGUUGGAAAGAAGAAGAAGAAAAAGCUGAAAUCUGUAAUCUCACAGCCAGAAGUGGGGGAUCAAGAUGAAGAUGAUGAUGCUGACCGAGAUGCUGACGUUGAGAAUGAAACAGAGGCCAAAGGAAAGAAGAAGAAGAAGAAGAAAAAACAUGUUGUCAAAGAAGAGAGUGACACAGAGGCAGACGUACCACAGCAACCAACGUUUGAUGACAGCCUUGUGCUGGGAGUGUACAUCCACAGAACAGAUCGCCUCAAAACAGACCUACUGAUCUCACAUCCCAUGGUGAAGAUCCAUGUUGUGGAUGAGGUCACGGGACAGUAUGUGAAGAAAGAGGACUGCCAUCGGCCAGUUUCCUCGUUUUAUGAGCAAGAGAACGUGGACCACAUCCUCCCCAUCAUGACUCAACCGUUUGACUUCAAGAAGAACAAAUCCAUCAUCCCUGAAUGGCACGAGCAGAUCAUCUUCAACGAACGCUUUGGAUACUUUGUUCAACAGAAGGAUGAGAGCCCCAGAGUUAUACUCUUCUUUGAAAUCCUAGACUUUAUCACUAUGGAAGAAGCACGGGUCAACGUUGAUGUCGACAAACACGAGCGAGGAUUCAGAAAGAUUGCCUGGGCAUUCCUCAAGAUGGUCGGCACAAAUGGUGUCCUGAAUAUUGACAGGAAGCUUCGCCUCCAGCUCUUCUGCCCUCCACCUCGAGCAAAGAGACAACCCAAAACCAUUGAGGUGGUUGAGUGGUGGAGGAUGUACCCCAGACAGAAAUAUGCAUCCACUCUUUAUGUUACGAUAAAGGGCAUCAAACUUCCCGAGCAUGUGGACCCCAGUAUGCGGUCCAUGAUGGCCCUGCAGGAGGAGAGGGGUAGCACCUCCUACAGUGAACUGCAGAAUGAGGUCACUAAGAGAAGCCUUACUCAGCCUGUAGAGAGCAAACCACCUGCCUUAAGAUGGAGCAGACUUCCUGGACAGGUCUGUCGGAUUCCUAACAAGCCCAUGCUGUCAUUCCGCGGUGGCCAGAUGGGCUGCUUCACGGUGCUCUUCUCUCAUGCUGGGACGAUCCUGGCUGCUGCGUGUGCUGACAGAGACGCUUUCCCUGUCGUAGUAUACGAGAUCCCAUCUGGUAAAGUGUUAGCAGCCUUCAGUGGACAUCUUAAGAUAGUUUAUGAUCUCUGCUGGUCCAGAGACGAUCGAAGCCUUUUGUCUGCCUCCUCUGAUGGAACCGUCAGAGAGUGGAACGUGGAGAGGCUUCAGGGAACGGCCCAGAAAGUUCUCCCUCAUCCCUCCUUCGUGUACUGUGCUCAGUACCACCCCAAAGCCCAGAACCUGGUGGUGACUGGGGGCUACGACUCCCUGGUGCGGGUGUGGAGGCUGGAUGUGGAUGAUGUGAACGGCCAGCUGCUGCAGGAGUUUGAGGGUCACAGCAGUUUCAUCAACACAGUUUGUUUUGACUCUGAAGGAAGCAGAAUGUUCUCUGCAGACAACACAGGCAUGAUCAUCGUGUGGAAAACCUUAGUCAAUGACAGCAAGCGUCCGCCGUGUAACCACUGGAGUAUAGAGAGGAAAAUUGAUGAGAGUGACCUCAAGGGUAUCCCUGUCAACAUGCUGCAGCUCCAUCCCAAUGGGCGGUGCCUGCUCAUCCAUGCCAAAGACAGCGUCCUCAGGAUAAUGGACCUGAGAAUUCUUGCUGUAAAGAAGUACAUCGGAGCCACAAACUACAGAGAGAGGAUCUACAGCACGUUCACACCAUGUGGGAACUUCAUCUUCUCCGGCAGUGAGGAUGGGAUGGCGUACGUCUGGAAUACAGACACAGGUGACCAAGUGGCAGUCUACUCUGAGCUUUGUUACCCCACUGCUCUACACGACGUGUCCUUCCACCCGCAUGAAAACAUGGUUGCUUUCUGUGCCUUUGGUCGGAGCCAGCCUGUCCUCGUGUACCUGUAUGAUCGCAAAGUUUCACAGUUGGAGGUGCACAAUAUAAAAGCCAUGAGCAGAUCAGCUUCAGCUGACAUCAGAACCAUGAGAAACACACCUGAUACGCUGGGGCUACAGGAUACGUCUGCUUCUUCAGCCAUGGAUCAGUUUGCACAUGCAGCAAGACUUGCAUUAAAAAUGCAAUGCAUCAAGGAGACACUGAACUCAGUUCUUGAACCAAAUCCACAGUCUUCAACUCCUGGGUACAGUUAUGAUCAAGGCAGAAUGGGGCUUUCACACACAAGGAGGAGCUUGACUUCAGAUUCUGGCACAACGGGAUUCAAUGCUUCAUUACCACCUCCGUCUUUCUUGUCACCGCACUCCAAGCUGCAGCUGUCGGGUUCUCUAGCUGAGCAGCUGAUUCCUCAGGCAGCUCUGAGCACCCAAAACCGAGGGUUCAGUCCGGUCGGUCAGCGUCUAAAAGGAUCUUUCAGGCUGCAGCCCCUUCCUGACCUCUUCCCUUCAGGCGUGAAUGCAGAGACAGAUUCUGCUCCUGUUCAACAAAUAGUCGUCGCACUUUACGACUACAGAGCUAAUCGCUCGGAUGAACUGACCAUCCGCCGCGGUGAUGUCAUCCAAGUGCUCUACAAAGACAAUGACAACUGGUGGUUUGGACGUCUGGUCAACGGCCAGCAGGGAUAUUUUCUUGCUUCUUAUGUAGCAGACCAGAGAGACUUCAAUGAAGAGGGGACGCAGUCUGCAGAGGCACCACCAGCCCUGUGUGAGGAGACUGUUGAGAGGUCAACACCAACCAGGGUAUCUGCUGCAAUUAGUUCUUCUGGUGAACUUAGGUUUCUUUCUGAGCCGACUCUUUCUGACACGGAGCCCGAGCUGACUGAUGCCAGAGCUAGAAGGAAAAAGAAGGUGAAAAAGCCAGGAGUCCCGGGACCAUCAAUUAAAGCAGUAUUAUCAGACGUGUAUGCUUCUGAAUUGAGCAGCACCCAGAAGAGAGGCAGGAUAACUAAGAGACCUCUCCCACAGAGACCGACCGGCCAGACUAAUGGUGCCUUUGAGUCCGAUACAUAAACUCAUGGACACAUGAUUGUUCUUACACUGAACUGCAUUCAUUUUUAUUCUGCAGUAAAGUUUUGUAAUGGUUAUAAACUGCACAGCUCUG